UAUUCAGUAAGGUUUACAAUUUCAUCAAGCUUCCUCACCACCAUUGCAUUUAUGGGCAUAUCACCAGUACCUGUAUUUGUAUAUUCCGAAUUAUGUUGAAUAGGACGCAUAACUAUCUUUGGGAGAAAUUAUAAUAUAUUUCACAAAACCGGCUCAUCGGAAUGAUGUGUACCUACAAACUAUUAUCCAACCUCUUUCGUCUAUGAGAACAGAACAGAGUUCCAGCUUCAAUGCGCAACAACUUAAGAGCAACAUCAAUAAUGUUUUGUAUUCAUACUUUCGUUAACAGUUUCAGCUAGAGAAAUGAAUCUUGUUUUGAGGAACACACAUCCAACAACUCGGUCACAUAGCGCAACAGUGAUUUUUUUUCAUGGCUCGGGUGACACCGGCUCAAAUUUACUAGAAUGGAUACGCUUCUUACUAGGGCGAGAUAUGGAGUUUGCACACAUCAAAGUGAUAUACCCCACGGCACCUUUCCAAGCAUAUACUCCAUUAGGCGGGGAAUCUUCAAACGUUUGGUUUGAUCGUCGUUCUAUUUCUAUAGAUGCUUUAGAAGAUCGAAAAAGUAUAUCCCGGAUUUAUGAAAAAGUCUGUGAUCUUAUUAAGAACGAACAGGAACUUGGCAUAUCACCAAACAGAAUUAUUGUUGGAGGGUUUUCUAUGGGCGGAGCACUUGCUUUACAUACGGGCUUUCAUUUAAACACGGAUUUAGCUGGAGUAUUUGCUUGUUCAUCAUUCUUAAAUUCAGAUUCAAUUGUAUACGAGUCAUUGAGUCAGAAGUUGGGAACCGAGUUCCUACUACCGGAGAUGCGAAUGUACCAUGGCGAUAGAGAUACACUCGUACCUUUAGAGUGGGGUAAGGGAACAUAUGAAAAGCUAAUACAGCUUGGUGCGAAAGGAAAUUUUAUACCUCUCGAUAAUACUUUACAUGAGCUCAAGAAACGACAACUCUUAGAUAUUCAAGAGUGGAUAUUAAAAAAAUUACCUCUCGAAAGUGAGUCAAGAAAUAAACUAUGAAAAGAUUAAUAUUAUUUGAAUGAUGUACAUACAUAUGUAUGUUUCCAAAAAUGGGAAUUGAUAAAUUAUUGUCUGGAAUUAAUUACUGUUAUUUUGUAUAUAAUCAACUAUUAUGAGAUGCCGAUAAAUAAAAUGGUAAAAAGAUGAUGCUUA